UAGUGAACGUCUACUGUUGUUAAAGAAGUAUCCCUUCGGUAGAAGAAAAGAGUAUUAUCACGACAAAAGGUCAUCAAGUAGAAGAUCACACAUACUAGUUCUACUCACUUACUCACUUGACUCGGACGGUCCUCUGACUACAUUCAGAAGAAGGAGUUGUAAGUUCUUGCGUAAGUGAACGACCAAUCAACGACGAAAGAUGGGCGCAUACAUGUCGAAGCAGACCCUGACUGGGGUCAUUUUCGCGGCCGGUCUCUCCUCGCCAGCCUUCGAUCUCGUCUCUGGAUACCAAGUGCCUACCAAUGCGUUCACCGGUAAGACUUCUAAAAACUAGUAACGCAAGAAUGCACCAGUAGCAGUAUCUAUCAAUUUUUUCUUUAUGAAUCUUGGGCAACAUGUUGCCGAAUUGAUUCAACAAGUCACCACCUUGUGCGAUAUGAACAUGUGCAAGCAUGUCUUCACAUUGGCGUCCUGUUCAUCUACAUCAACUCUAGCACCACCUCUCCGGCGCCUGAGCCUGUUGACGUAAAAUAUAAUAGAACAUGUCGCCUCGUCCUGUUCAUCUACAGCUCCCCUGUACUUACCUCGUGCACCUAUAUGAAGAUGUUAGAUGCACAUGUCGCGUCUUCUUGUUCCCUACUUACCCCGUACAUCAAUAUCAUGGACUUCAUGUCACAACUUCUUCUUGUUCAUCUACAUCAACUCUAUCAAUGAACCAGAUGACGAGUCGCGUCCGUGUCCUUGCGAGCCGGAUCAAAACCCGCGCCUCCGUGGAUCCCUGUCCUUCGUCCAGCUUGGUUGUGAUUCUUCUAAGGCUCUAUGUCUUGUUUCUGCUGUAGCAAGCAACUAGAUGUUAUGGAGAGAAAAACUGUACUCAUUCUCAAAAACGAGACUAAAAAAAUUUUUUUAUGUUGAGAAUUCACCGCUUGGCUGGCAAGCCACAACGAGGGCCGAGCGCCGUAAUUAUAGCAAGGGCACAGACGUGGCGCGCGAACCCCAAAGAAAAGCCAGCUAAAACCACCAAAAGCGGCACAAACCAGCCCAAGAAUCGGACGCCAGGGAGCCGCCGUGUGCACUCUGGCGCCAAGGAAGCGGCACGCGGCUCCUGGGAGCAAUCCACCAAAGCAGCGCAAAAUAAGCACCCACACCCGGCGAAACGGGGGCAAGAGUGGGCGCCGCGCUGCGGACCGUGAAAGCACUCAACCAGAGAGCCAGCAGCCGCCGCCGCCUGUCAGCUCUCGGAGCCUUUCAGCAGAUUCGCCCAAGAGCUGCGCCAAGGGUAUCGGGCCCGACUGGAGCACACACCAGGUGGCGGAUUCUAGUGCUGGAGAGGCUCGAGGGGUGAAUUAAAUUGCAUCUUUUUCUCAACGUCCGCGUCUCAGGUGUGUCCGACCCUCAAAAUUCAAAGGUUGAGAAAAAGAUGCAUUUUAAUUCGUACAUAGUCGGAAUCCAGUGGGAAAAGGCUCGCGAAGCUUGUCCAGAUUUGCACGCGCUGGAGCCUUCCCAAAUCUGGACCGCUCUCGGGAGCUUCCUCGCACUAGAUUCCUGCUAUCUUUGAAUUAAAAUGGGCAAUCUUCUCAACGUCUGGAUCUGAGGGGUUGACUCACACCCCAGACGCAUGCGUUGAGAAAAGUAUGCAAUUUAAUUCAAACCUCUUGAGAAGGUACAACAACACACGCGCACCAAGUCCCCAAGAUGGUCGCGCAGCGUCACCGCUGUGCGCCGCCCUCGGAGAGGUGCUGUCUGCGUGGCUCUUGGCUACUCCAUGAGUGGGCCUUGUUUCUCUUGGCAUAGCAUCGCUACGAGCUGUCGGCGUGUGCCUCGUCACCAGCGACGCACAUGAGCACCGGCACCCGCCGCGCGUGUGUGCGGGAGACUCCCUAAGGCAGCAAGGUGAUGGCGUGGCGCCAGAGCCGCAGGAAGAGAGCGCCUGGCGCCCUUGUUCCUGGGCUGGCUUGUGUCGGUUUGGGUGGCUUUGUUUGACCUCUCUCCUGGGUUUCCCGUGCCACGCCUGUCCCCUCGCAGUAUGGAUUGCGUCCGGCGCCGGUUGUGAGUGGCCAGCCAAGCGGCGAAAUCUCAACACGCGAAAAAUUUUUGAGUCUCGUUUCCGAGAAUGAGUACAGAUUUUUCUUCCAUAGAUGUAACAACUGGAUCUUUAUGUAGCACCAGACUAGUGUAACCUAGGUAGACCGAACACUAGACUAGUCUUGUGUUUUGUAAGGAUAGAGACGAAACAAGAACUACAACAACGAACUGGAUGUAGAACUACAACUACGACUCAUGCCGGAGUGUGUAUCCUAAGUAUUUGGCUUUGACUUGAGCUUGAGGGAGGUCGACAUGAUCGUGAUCAUAUCAACAACAACGGUCCACCGUCUUGGGUGGAUCUCUAUUAUUUUGCUUUUGAUGGUGUCUUAAAGAUGAAGAAUAGUGCUUGCUUCUAGUGAUGUAGUACUAGAGCACCUCUUUCUAACCCAUGCGGUGGAGGAGAUAAGGAGAAAGAGGCGUCUGGCUCUGGAAAGGCGAACAAGUGUUCGGAUGUCGCUGCAGGAGCCGGAUUUGCCGAUGAGGCAGCAGCUAAGAAAGUCUGCAGCGACAGCAAUGACAAGACAUACGAUGCCACGAAAGAACUCAGCUUAUGGAGAAAAAAUCUUGAUUGUUCUGUGGAUCUUGUUGUAGGUAUCUUCAUCUUAAGGUUGACAGCACGUGCACGGUCUUUCCUUGGUAAUAAGUUCUCCUAGGUCUUUACAAAAAUGGGUAGGGUUAUGGCUAUGGCACUUUGGUUCUGUGGAUCUUGAUGUCGUCACUUACUUUGAGAAGGACAAUGAAGACGAAUUCGAAUGUUGCUUGUUCUUCUACUACUGCUAAGACUCUUCUAAACAAAUUAUUGCUCUGUAGUUGUUGUGCCUAGUCCUAUCUUGUCUCGAGUGUGUUGAUGUCAUGUACUGCUAUCCUCGAUAGUAUUGUGAUGAAACUUUUUUUGUCGAAAAUCUAUCACAACAAUCUCUAACGAAGGAUGAUAUGAAAAAGGCCUUGACGGACGCGGGUGACAACAAGAAAUCGAAAUUCGUGGAACUCUGCUGCAAGGACGCGCCUGCUGGUGGAGCUGCAGCGCCUGCUGCCGCUGCUGGAGCUGCUGCCGCUGAUGGUCCUAAGCCUGACGAGAUCAUUGGUCAGCAAGAUCCUGAGCUGCCUGAUCAAGUUGGGGAGACGGCUGGUGAAGCGGCUCCGCCAAAGGAGGACGAGGAUCCAAAGGUUGGUAAAACAGGUCCUAGUAAGACGGGUGAUGAAGCGGCGCAGCCUGAGAAGGACAUGGAGACGAAGGGUGCUGCAAAGACGAAAGGUGUAAAAGGAAAAGGUGCAUAGGAUCCUGCAAAGACGAAAGAAGGGGAGAAGAAGUGAUACUACUAGUGCUAGAGAAAGAGAACAAUAGAGAUGAAUAGAAAGGGAAGAUGAACUAAGAUUUUGGUUCUUUUAGACCAAGAGAACCGGGAAAAAACAGAAUCUUCUCAGAAUCUUCUAGAAAUUGAUGAAGUCUUGUAAUCGGUUACGAUUAGAUCAGGAGCACUAGAACGAAUGCAUGAAGAACAAUCAUAAAAAAUGUUUUGUCAUAGUAUGCCCAUGAUGUCCUAAACCUGCUAUUGACCUUCCUUGACGAUGACGACACCGUAAAAUCUUUACGUACAACUACUUGAUUUCGACUACCCAGUAUGACCAUGAAUACGAUCCUCCAAAAAGUAUGUUGAGAAGAGACGAAAACAUCACUUUCACUCAUACACAAGUAGUUUACUCAUCGAUCUAAAACUAGUAGGAACUAAUGAGUUGCAUCGCCCAUUGCUCCCAUGUCCCUCGUCUGACAGAAGAAGCAUUCUUGAACAGUGUCUGUUUCCAGGGAAGGACAAUGCCGAUGGCAGGAACCUCAAACUCCUUCCUCUUCCUCCAACAUAUAAAGUAUGAAAGUAGACGUAAAUCGUGUCAUUUUUAAUGUACGUACUAGGUUUAAUAGGAGGUACUGGAGAUACCAUUAUGAACAGCUAUGCGAUUGCAAUUAAGAUACAAAAUGAAUUACAAUAACUAUGUUCCCAAGAACUCUUCUCAGAACUUAAAUAUUACGACCCUGCUCACUUAACAAAAGGAGUAUUAUUGUUAUUAGGAGAAUUAACAAAUGGAGUACUAGUAGAUGUCAAACAUUUACUCCUCACAAGAUUCUUCUCCUCUUAGCGCCAAACAGGACUAAAGUUGUCAUCUUCUCAACAUCACCUUCAUUAUCUUAACACCGUAAUUAACUGCGGUACAUAGUUAUUACUUGUUGGAGUACUAACCAUUUCUACUAUGCAUUAUAUGCUGAUGAACUUCCACAACGUAUUCCAUCUAGAACAACGUAAGACAAUCUUCAACACGCAACGCGACUAGUCACCUCCUGAUCAUUAUAAUCAUUAUGUAACAAACUGGGAUAGAAACUAUGAAAACAAAAAUUACAGCUCAAGAAAAUGAACGUUCAUACAAGAACGUAAUCUACACUCACACUCAUAAAUAACAUGAAUUCAAUAGGGAAUUUGACGAUUCUUACAUUCAAAAUGCCUUUGACUACAAGACCGACGACUAUUAUGGUUGUGCUUGAGAAACGAUGGAUCUAAUGGGUGUGCUAAGGAGAAGUCUUCCUGCAUCCCCAUCAGGCUGUUGACUCUCAUGUUGCAUGUAACCUUAUUCUAAGUCGACGUGGUCUCUGUCAUUCUUUCGCUUUCUACUUGUAGAGAGCAAAAGCAUUAGAAACAUGACAUCAACUUCAACAUGAAGAUCAACUUGUUUCUUCUUGCAGCUCGCUGCAAGAAAAAAUCAUGCAAAAUAAAAAAAUAAGUGCCGAU